AUGGAUAAAUCGAGUAGCGUGGGUGUGGAGAAGACAAGCCAUUUGCAGCAGGAAAAUGAACCUACGCCUAUACGACCUCUCUGUGCAAUAAUGUAUGAUGUGGAUAGUAAAUCAGCCAUUACUGGUACGAACUGUGUUGCUCCUUUGGACGCACAUAGAAGCCAUGAGGAGAUAGCAAGAGCGGACACAGCCAUCGUCACGACUUCAAAUACGCAAUUUGUUUGCACGAAAAGACAAGAACGUAAUGUAUCUCUGUCCGACACAGAAGAUGAGUCCGCUGAUGUGAUUCUGUCUGCAGACAAGACUCUUGUGAAUAGAAAUUUUGUUGCGACGGAAGCUGACGCUGUGUUUAGUAAGCCUGCGGUUGAGCUACUGAAUCAUUUUGGCAACAAGUCAGUUAGCGAUGUUCUUGCUACCGAUAUAGGAGAUAAAAUUAGUCUUGCGGGGUUAGCAUCGGUUGAUUCUGCUAGAAUUAAUGGAAUUGUGGAAGGUGUAAAGAUUGCGAAUACUAAACGCGCUCAUGAGGAGAAAGGAGAAGACGCCGCAUCACACAUAUAUAGCCCACGAAAGCGUAUUGCUCUUCAGACUAUGAAUAGUUCCGUUCCAAAUUCGGCCGGCCAAACGACGGAUGAGACCGUAGGUGAUAGCUCAGAUGACGUCGAGAUGAGUGAACCGAUGGGCGAGGAAGAGGUGCACCGUAAUGAUGCUGCCUGUGCGAGUGAGAAAAAUAAACGUGUUCACGAGGAGUUCUGGUGCAACCUUACGAUAAAACAGCAGGUGGACGUAUAUGACAUUCGCACCGAGGAGUGGCUUGCUGCCAAGAUUAAGCGCAUAGAUAACGAGGGUUACACUGUUCACUACAUAGGCUGGAACUCCAAGUAUGAUGAAAAAAUUGAUAAGGCCGGAAGCUACCGAAUUAUGCCCCGAGCUACAAAGGCCACUAAGGCGUGGGCAGAAUGUCAAGCUAAGGCCGACAAGCAUCGACACGGAGUAGAAAAAAAGCCUGCAGUAUUCCCGUCCAUCUAUUAUUACCUUGAACGGGAUCAUGCGAGAGAGCGAGCAGAAGCGCCAAAUUUUGUUCAAACAGGUCUUACACGGUCAGGGCGUGCACUUACUCACCGUGUUGAAAGCGAAGCUUCUAAGCCGAAGGCGCCUGGCAAUAAGAAGAGAGAUGUAAACGCUAUGAAGUCAAAGUUUCCAGAAGAAGAUUUAUGUGGGGUAUGUGGUGAAAUUGAGGAUGAUGAUCUUACUGACAUGAUAUUGUGCGAUGGCGGUUGCCUUAAGUCGUACCACUUUUCAUGUCUUGGCAUCGAAUCAGCACCAGAGGGAGAGGAGUGGCUGUGCGAACAGUGUCGUACUAAUGAACAAUUGUGUUUUGCAUGCGGACGCAACGGAACAAUUAACGAGAAGGGAGGUGUAUUUCGCUGCAGCGACGCGUGCUGUGGCAAAUUUUUUCAUCAAAAAUGUGUUGAUACCAACAAGAUGUCACGUCGAGUAGGAAAUAAAGCAAAGCCGGGCUUAUUUACUAUGAAGGAAUUGUCCGAAUCUGACGCUUCUUUUCGCUGUCCUCGACACGUUUGUUUCGUGUGCGAGGCGAAGAAAAAGAGUUGUGACCUUAUGUGCUGCUUACAGUGCCCAGAAGCUUAUCAUCCGCAAUGUGUACCUCCAAGUGCUCGCUACAACACGGUUGGAUUACUCUGUUGGAGGCAUUCCGAAAAAGAGUUGCCGAAAAUCCCUUCGUUCUACUUUUCGGACCGAAAGAUCGAUACGGUGACGGUGGACUCCAGUUUACACCUCCCGCGGCUAUUUUUGCCUAAGCGCGAACCGGACGCCAGCAAACCUGGCGAUUGCCACCACUUUCGCCUUUUGCUAAAUAUCAUCGAAGAUGUUCGCCUACAGCCACCGACGUACCGCAAUCUGGGUCGGAGCAUUUACACUUUUAAGCAUCCCAGGGUCUCACUAGAGGAUGCACCCAUGUGUAUUUGCAGGAAAAGGUGUGGAGACGACUGCAUCAACCGGCUGAGCUUUACGGAAUGUUAUGGACCAGCAUCGACUCCUGGGAUGAAAUUUAACAAGCAAAAUAGAGAAUCGAACUGCAUGCUUGGCGAGAGCUGCGGAAAUCGCUCGCUUCAUCAAAAGGUGUAUCCCCGCUUUCAGAAGUUUCACACAGUUGAAAAAGGUUGGGGCCUUCGUGUACUGGAGCAGGUCAAGGUUGGACAGCUCGUGAUUGAGUACGUUGGCGAAGUGAUCAACGAAGAAGAAAAGGAGCGCCGCCUACUCGAUCACGCCAAAAACAGCCCUGAAGACAAGAAUAUGUACAUUAUGGAGCUGGGCAAGGGCGAGUACAUCGAUGCACGAUUCAAAGGAAGUGUUUCCAGAUUUAUUAAUCACUCAUGUGAUCCAAAUUGUCACUUGCUGAAGUGGCGUGUUAAAGGUGUCAACCGAAUCGCUAUCACCGCUUUGAAAGAUAUCGAGCCAGGGACAGAGCUUUCGUAUGACUACCAGUUUCAUACGAAACAAGCAAUGGAGUGGAAAUGUCACUGUAAGGCGAAAAAUUGUCGCGGAACCAUGGCACCGGAUAAAAUCAAUCAAGCGCAUGAAUUGCCCGUGAAAAGGCUUACGAAAAAGGAGCAAGUCAAGCAACGAAAGCGUGCUCUGAUACUCGAAAAGAUUCUGCAUGACAAAGAAGUCAAAAGUACUGCUAGGCGGCUUUCUUUGACGGUACAGGUCAGUACAGGUGACCGAACGACAAUCAAUAAGAUGGCUGUUCGUACUGGCCCCGUGGCGCGCGAGCUGCAGUGGGCCAAGCACUAUCAUCUCUUCAACGUGCGUAAUGCCAAGCACGGCUUCAAUUUCAAGCUUCGUAAAGAGUUGCGAGAUCUGAGAACUAGGAACCAUGAAAACGUAAACCGAGAGCAACUUUGCGUAUCUGAAUUAACUGCAGCAUCGAGUCGAUCGUCAAGCCCAGUUCUUCUGUCUGAAAAUAAGAGCGAGCCAGAGCGCUGUGAAGGAAGGAGCUCGCGAGAGACGAGCAGCCAGUCGUGA